GAUACAAAUGGGGUAAAAUUUUUGGUGUAAGUGUAGCAUGGUUCAAUAAAAAAAGAUGGAGUAAAAAAUAAAAUUGUCAUUCAAUACAUAAACCCUUUUUUCCUCCAAUUGCCAUCCAAUUCAACCCGCCCCGAUGUCCAUCAACCAUUUCCCUAAGCUCCAUUUCCAGUUAUCCGCGCUCGCUUCCAAACCCAAACUCCUAAUCUCCUCCGCCAACCCCAUCGCCGCCUUCUCCACCUCUUCCUCCCGGCUUCUCAGAGCUCCGAUAAUCGCCGGUUCUAUUGAGAACAGCCCGCCGGAAACCUCAAUCGGGAAGCUGUAUUUUCCGCCGGGAACCGAUGCAUCCGGAGAGUUUGGUUCCCGGAUUCUCAAGGGGUCCAACAUAGUGCUCAGCAAGUACGCCGGAGACGCGCAGGUGGAUCGGGCGGAGUUUGUGAAGAGCAGCGUGAGCACAGAAGAUUGCCCAGCUGAUGGGUUGCCGGAGUUCGCGCUCGUUGGGCGGUCUAAUGUGGGGAAAUCGUCCCUGCUCAACUCCAUUGUUAGGCGCAAGAAGCUCGCUCUUACUUCCAAGAAACCCGGCAAGACACAAUGCAUCAACCAUUUCCGGAUAAAUGAUAGCUGGCAUCUUGUUGAUUUGCCUGGAUAUGGGUAAAUGAUUUUCUGUUUGCAUGUGGUGUUUUUUUCUCUAAAAUACAUCGUACUGGUUUGCCAUAUUAGACUUUACAAGUUUGGAGAAUAUACUGUCCUGGUUGGAUAAUCAGUCUCCCUUUUUCCCCUAUACUAAUACUCUGAAUAACAGAAUAAGCAUAUAAUCUUUCAUUUGCAAUUGAUUGUUUCAAAGUGAUUUCUUCUAUGCUGACUUCUAAUGAAUUGUUCACUUGAAUCUUGGAGUGCCUAUGAGUCCAACAAAUGGACGGGCUUAAUGCCUCUUUUGCAAACGUUCUAGGGCUCUGGCGUGAGGUAGGUUUGAUGCCUUGAGGGGUUGUACUAUUUGGAACUGGAAGAUUUUAUGAUGCUUUUGUUUCAUUUACUUUCAUUUUGAGUUAUUGGAUUUGGAGUAAGGUGAUUGAAAAUCCAAUGCUCUUUGCACAAGGUAUGCUGCAGCACCACACGAAGUGCGUAAAGAUUGGAACAAGUUCACCAAAGACUAUUUUCUGAAACGGUCAACUCUUGUCUCGGUAUUCCUUCUCAUAGAUGCUAGCAUCCCUGCAAAAAAGAUUGACCUUGAAUAUGCAAGUUGGCUUGGGCAGAACCAGAUUCCGAUGACAUUAAUUUUUACCAAAUGUGAUAAGAGGAAGAAGAAUAAGAAUGGAGGGAAAAGACCCGAAGAGAACGUCGAAGAUUUUCAAGAGCUAAUUCAACACUUCUUCCAAACUGCUCCACCUUGGAUUAUGACAAGCAGCGUCACGAACCAAGGCCGCGAUGAGAUAUUGUUACACAUAUCUCAACUACGCAACUACUGGCUCAAGCAUUGAUCGAGGUUUCGAACAGCGUGUUAAACCCGGCGUUCGGUUGCUCAGAAAUUAGGGUGCAGUUUGGUUCAGCCAUUGUUGACAUCUACCACCAGCAAGUAAGCUUGUUUAUGCUGUGUAUGUGGUGGGUUUGCACCCUAAAAUAAGAGUGAAAAUGGUUGAAAAUGAAAAAUGUGUCGUUGGAAUUUGUUUAUAUAUUGAAAUUAUACUAAGCGCGCAUGAAUUUAUCAUUUAUAAUGCCGUUGUAUUCGAAUGGCGUCUCUUGGAAACAAUAUCUUUAUGACCAAGUAGGGGAUAUAUUUGCUUA